AUGUUUAGAAUCGCUUCAAGGUUUUGUAGAGAAAUCGAAAUGUCUCAAACUGACGGAAGAAUGGAAGGUUGGCUUUAUACCAUCCGACACAACCGGUUCGGUCUUCAGUUUUCCCGUAAACGAUAUUUUGUUCUUCUCGACAACAACCUUAAAAGCUUUAGAUCAGUACCAUCAGAUCAAAACGAGGAACCCGAUAGAAGAGCAUCUCUAGACUGUUGUAUUAGGGUUACCGACAAUGGAAGGGAGAGCUUCCAUAGAAAGGUCCUUUUCAUCUUCACGCUUUACAAUACUACGAACCAUUUGGAUCAGUUAAAGUUGGGUGCAAGUAGUCCUGAAGAAGCAGCCAAAUGGAUCAGAUCAUUACAAGAUGCUUCCCAAAAGAAGUUUCCAUUUCCGGAUUGCGAAUUUGUAUCUCAUGCUGAGAAAGGACUUGUGAAGUUCAAUGUUUCAAGGAGGUCACGCCGCAAAAAUUCAGUGGACUGGACAAACUACUCAUCAUUGAAUGUUGAAACAACAGUAGCACCUGAUGUCAUUUCUCCUUCUCCAUGGAAAAUAUUUGGAUGCCAAAACGGUUUACGACUCUUCAAAGAAGCUAACGACUCGGAUUCCCGUGGAAAGCAAUGGGAUGAUCACCCUGCAAUAAUGGCAGUUGGAGUCAUAGAUGGUACUUCAGAAGAUAUUUUCAAUACGUUAAUGUCUUUCGGUCCUUUACGAUCAGAAUGGGACUUUUCUUUCUACAAAGGUAGCGUGGUGGAGCAUCUUGAUGGACACACAGAUAUAAUCAAUGUCCUGUUAUACAGUGAUUGGUUGCCAUGGGGAAUGAAUCGAAGAGACUUAUUGAUGCGGCGCUACUGGAGAAGAGAAGAAGAUGGAACAUAUGUGAUACUUUGCCACUCUGUUUAUCACAAGGAGUGCCCGCCAAAGAAGGGAUAUGUUCGUGCUUGUGUCAAAAGUGGUGGUUACGUGGUGACUCCGGUAAACAAAGGGAAACAAUCACUAGUGAAGCAUAUGGUAGCUAUUGAUUGGAGAAGCUGGAACUUAUACACGGGGGCUUCUUCUUCAAGAGACAUAACCAUCCGUGUGGUUGAGAGACUUGCCGCGUUACGCGAAAUGUUCAAAGCGAAGCAAGGACUCGGCUUCUCUGAGUUCGUCUCAGGGGAGUUCAUGGAUACUAAAUCCUGCGUGUCUAAAAUCAACACUAAAGUAGCAGCCAAAAGGGUUGACCUAGAGCUUGUGAAGGCUGAGGAUAUGGAGAAACCUUCUUCGGCACGUAACAGUUUGAUGGACUUAAAUGAUGUUUCUGAUGAAUUUUUCGAUGUUCCUGAGCCCAACGAGUUUGAUAGCUUAAUUGAUAACUCUCCCUUUUCACAAGGACACUCUCAGCUCAAGAUACCAUCACCAGCUGGUUUUGUCAAGAAACUUCAAGAUCUAGCCAUUAACAAGAAAGGCUAUAUGGAUCUACAAGAGGCUGGCAUGGAUGAAAAUACCACAUUCUUCUAUGGAGCCACUCUUCAAAAAGAUCCAAAUCUUACACUGCCUUGUAGUUGGGCUACCGCGGAUCCCUCCACAUUCUUGAUUCGUGGAGAAAAUUAUCUACAAGACCAACAAAAGGUAAAGGCAACAGAUACAAUGAUGCAAAUGAUUGGAGCAGAUUGGAUAAGUUCUGAUAAGCGAGAAGAUGAUCUCGGUGGACGACUAGGUGGUGUGGUUCAGGAGUUCGCUGCAAAAGGUGGUCCAGAGUUUUUCUUCAUUGUAAACAUGCAGGCCCCAGGUUCAGCCAUGUAUAGUCUAGCUUUGUACUAUAUGCUGAAAACUCCAUUGGAAGAUCAUCCUUUGUUACAGAGUUUUGUGAAUGGUGAUGAUGCUUAUCGCAAUUCGCGGUUUAAGCUCAUCCCUCACAUCUCCCAAGGUUCAUGGAUAGUGAAACAGAGUGUUGGCAAGAAGGCUUGCUUGGUGGGUCAGGCACUUGUAGUUCGUUACACCCGUGGAAAGAAUUACUUGGAGCUUGACAUUGAUGUUGGGUCUUCAACUGUUGCAAGAGGUGUAACUAAUCUUGUUCUUGGAUAUCUAAACAAUCUGGUUAUAGAAAUGGCGUUCUUGAUACAGGCAAAUACAGUAGAGGAACUACCAGAACUGUUACUAGGGACAUGUCGGCUCAAUUAUCUCGAUGCUUCAAAAUCUGUAAAAGAAAGAUGAGACAUCCUGAAGAACAAACAAUACCAAUGCAAGAGCAGAGGAUAUUUCUAUUUUUGUUUCUUUGUAAAAUCUGUGUGUAUCUUUUACCAUUCUUUAUUAAGUCAACUCGUUUUUACAACUCAAACUAAGGUAUAGGAAGGAUCUAGUUCGGUCCUUUGUUUACCUGAUCCACAUGAAUAAAUAAACUUGUUGAUUCAGUU